CCUCCCCUCCUCGCUCCAGCGGAGGUGAAGAGAGUGGGGGACACUCUGCUGGGAGUGGCCACUCAGUGUGUCCAGGUGAAGAAUGUCCUCAAACCGUCCGCUCAGACCCUCUCAAACCUCUGUCUCAAGAUUAACGUCAACUGGGCGGAGUCACAGCAUCCUCUCGUUCCAGGGAUCAGGUACUCGGUUCCAGCACCAGACCCCUGUAAUUACAGGAUUUGGAAUUGUAGACACUCGUGUAAAGUCACACGGGUUUUUUUAUACACAUGGGGAGGGCGAACCACACCCAUCUCAUCCAUUUCAACCCUGUCUCUGCCUUUUAAGGAACAUGUAGUAAAACCACGACUUAACCCAUAGCCACGCCCCCUUAUUCCCUGUAUGUCGUAGAUUCUUUGCUUUUUGAUAACUUGAUUAUUUGAAGUGUCGUUUCACUUCUCUCAAACCCUCCCUCCCUCGAUCUCUUCCUCCCUCCCAUCAGACCAGCGGUGUUCCAGUCUCCAGUGAUAUUCAUGGGAGCCGACGUCACCCAUCCUCCAGCAGGAGACGACAGGAAACCCUCCAUCGCUGCCCUGGUGGCGAGUAUGGAUGGCCACCCCAGUCGCUACUCUGCGACAGUGCGUGUCCAGAACCAUCGCCAGGAGAUCAUCGCAGAGCUGGCCAUGAUGGUGAGAGAGAUGCUCAUAGACUUCUACAAGAGCACUCGGUUCAAGCCGCACAGAAUCAUCUUCUACAGAGACGGAGUCAGCGAAGGGCAGUUUCAGCAGGUCCUUCAGCACGAGCUGAGAAGUGUGAGAGAGGCGUGUAUGAAGCUUGAGGACGACUAUGAACCAGGAAUCACGUUCAUUGUGGUCCAGAAGAGACAUCACACCAGGCUCUUCUGUGCAGACCACAAGGACAUGGUUGGUCGCAGUGGCAAUAUUCCAGCUGGUACUACUGUUGAUGUUGGCAUCACUCAUCCCAAUGAGUUUGACUUUUACCUCUGCUCCCAUGCCGGAGUCCAGGGAACAAGUCGACCCUCUCACUAUCACGUCCUGUGGGACGACAACGGUUUCUCUGCAGAUGAGCUCCAGUGCCUCACCUACCAGCUGUGCCACACGUACGUACGCUGCACUCGCUCCGUCUCCUAUCCUGCCCCUGCCUACUACGCUCAUCUGGUGGCCUUUAGAGCUCGCUACCACCUCCAGGAGAGGGAGGACAAGAGGUAUAUAUAUCCCCCAGAGUGUGUGAUUACCAUUGUGUACCAUUGUGUAAUAAGGACAUGGGGUGGUGGUACAUUCUUUCCUCUCUUAUUUGCUUCUUUUCGGUAGUGAGCAAUGCACAUGUAUUGCUAAUGCCUUUCAAAGAAAUAGGCAAUUAGUAGAAUUUAGUCUCCUUUACAGAUUUAGCUUACUAACCUAGGUCUGCAAGACUAAGUGCCUAUAAUAUAAUUAUGUAUUCCUAUGUGAAUGAAAGCUCCCUCCCACUAUGAUGGAAAACUGUCCGUCGCCUCACUAGUUUUCCCUCCCUCCUUCUCCUCCCUCUUUCUCUUCUCUCUCUCUCUUUAUUCCUCUCCCUCUCUCCCCAGUGGAGAUGGUUCAUCGGCCAGCCAACAAAGUGAAGAGCCUCGCUCACCUCAGGCCAUGGCACAGGCUGUUCGAGUCCACGAUGAUAUCAACAAAGUCAUGUACUUUGCCUAACGCCACCUCUCCGCUCACGGCCGCAGUUUAUAACCCUAACCUGGAAUUUGAAUCACCUCUCAGUUUUUUCCUCUUAGCUCGAAUUUUUUUCGCCAGCUCACGACCAAUUUGACUGUACAGCUGCCUAACUCCUCAUACCAGUGUUACCAAUGUAUAUUAUUGUUGCUAUACAGAGAUCAAUUGUUUCAAUCAGUUUAAUAAGUUAUUAUUAUAUCGUGGGCCUGGUUCUUUGGUUGAAUCUCGAUCAUAUUAUGUACUUAUGUAGUGUAUUGCUCUUUUUUACUCUU